AUGACAACGAUACGUCGAAUCCGCAUUUCGCCACCUUUGAUCAACAGUUCCUGUGCAUGGUCAUCCGAGUUACACGAGCUGCAGACACUGUUUGAUUCUCCUCAUACAGGAGCUGUGACAACUCGUACAACGACGCUGUUGGGAUUCAUCGAAACGUCCGAGCAUACGGUUGCUUUCACUCAUGACACUCGGUCAUCGUUGAACUCGUAUGGCUACUCGCCCCAUCCACUGGCGACAUACAUCAAAGAUGUUCAUACUAUCCUUACGAAUGCCCCUUCGGGCUCUACGAAGCCUAUCAUCCUUAGCAUCACGUCAUCGUCUCCUAGUUCCAUCACCUCCAUGAUGGACGCUAUCCAAGAGCUCCGCACAAAAUUGCAGGACUCGCAGGGUCCAAUUUCGCGAGUUGCCAUAGAGCUCAAUACAAGUUGUCCAAACAUCAAAGGCUCACCUCCGCCCGCGUAUACCGUCGCCCGUCUCGCCCCUAUACUCUCUGCUCUUGCCUCCUACUUCUGGAGGGACCGUACGCUCGUGAUCGGACUGAAGCUCCCACCCUACGUCUACGCAACACAGUUCGACGAGCUGAUCGAGAUCGUAGCUUCAUUUUCUCGUCCGGAUCCAAGUGACAAGACGUGUCGCUUGAAUCCGUUCGCGUUCUUCACAUCAACAAACACACUUGGAAACUCCUUAUUAUUUGCAGAUCAAGCAUUGUGGUCAAAGCCUAUUCAGGAGUCGAGGGACAAUAGUGAUGGAGGAGAUAUCGACGCGGACGGGAUCCUUGCAAACACGAGGACAUUCUCGCUCCCAACUGUCUUAGGCGGUCUAGCCGGCGAAGCGAUCCACUCAUUAUCACUUGGAAAUGUAUACUCGCUUACACGGGCUCUUGGCAAGCACGAGGAUGAGUCGAUCCGUGCAAUCAUCGUCAUUGGCGUUGGAGGGGUCACUACGAAGGAGGCACACAGACGAAUGCGUCAAGCUGGGGCAAGGGUGGUGGCCUGCGCGACGAUCCUUGGCAGAGAGGGGGUGAAAGCUUUUGAAUCGGUGUCGCUUACAGAUGAGGAAGUUAUGGCAUAA